AUGGACCGAGACGAAGGUUUUGACCCGGUGGAGUUAGAAGAUCCGCCAACGAAUCGUGACGUGACUCUGCCGCGUGGCGUGGAGAUUUUGCGAUCACAGCAGCCACUCAUCCAUAAGAUUGAGGUGGAGAUCACCACGGGACGGGAGAUCCAGCGCAACCUGACCAGCAUGCGCGAGCUCCUGGUGGUCGAGUUGGAGAGAACGAGCAGCAGUCCGGAGCGGAUAGAAAUCCAGCACCGGAUCAGCAGGAUCGACAUACUCCUCACUCAAGUGCGCACCAGGACGGACGAGACGGAGCUGCGGUUCCGGCAAUUCUUGCAGCGGGUUCAGACCGGCCAGAUACGAACCGAGAGCGAGAGCCAGACCCUGCUGCAGGCCAUCUGGUCCGGUUACCACAAGUCGCUGCGCAACUUGGUCCGCCACGCGGCUGGCUACCUGACGAGCAUCGUUCGCGGUGUUACAGGCGCCCUGGCCAACCUGGGCAUGGGUAUCCUCGACUACUACCGACUCAAGUUCCAGCCACUUGAGCUCGCCGUCGAUGCCCUGACAGGUCAAGGCUCCUUCCGCAAACCCAUCGUCGGCAUUAUUGGCCGCCGAUGAAUGAGAGGCUACAUAGUUGGCAUUUAAUAAAAAAAUAAAGGCA